CGGCCGCCGGUCGCCAUGGGAACGGCCGCAAGGCAUGCCGGGCUGAAAGAAAUUGCUGCGGCAAAACCCUGCAAGAGCGGCGGAGCGGGGCCAAUGAGAUCUCGGGGUGAUUAUGGCAAUGACCAAUGGUUGGCGGCCGGUGCUGAGGGGGCGGGGCUGGGGCGCUCGGAGGCGCCGGCGGCGCGCGCGGGUCGGUUAAACAGCCGCGGCGGCGGAGCCGAGUGCGUGCAUCGCUGCGCGCCGUCCCGCACCCUCACCGGCUCUACAUCCGCACCGCGCCGGUACCGCGGCGCCCGCUCGACGCAGGCAAUCAUGAGUGAUCGAAAGGCAGUGAUCAAAAAUGCGGACAUGUCAGAAGAGAUGCAGCAAGAUGCUGUGGAAUGUGCAACUCAAGCCUUGGAGAAAUACAACAUUGAGAAGGACAUUGCUGCUCACAUAAAGAAGGAGUUUGACAAGAAAUACAAUCCCACUUGGCACUGCAUCGUGGGAAGGAAUUUUGGCAGCUACGUGACUCAUGAGACCAAGCACUUCAUCUACUUCUACCUCGGCCAAGUCGCUAUUCUUCUUUUCAAGUCUGGCUAGAACCAUGGACUGUUACUGAAACUUGCAUCCAGUUACAGGACUCUCUGACUAGUUACUGCAGCCUUCCUGAGGACACAGGCCUUGAUCUUCAAGGGCAAUGGCAGGGAUUAUGUUGUAACAGAUGACAUUACAUUGUGGAUAUAAAAAGGAAAAGUACCAAAAAAGUCUUCCUUGUAUUUAUUUUUUUUCAGAAGGCUCCUUCUUUGCUACUAGAGCUAUUGGAGCAGUUUUGCUUUUGCAAGUUUUAUAGCCAUCUACUGUAUUUCCAGAUUACUGCUAGUGCUAUGCAAGUACUGACAGUGUUUAGCUCUUUAUGUUUCAAACUUCUCUUAUUCUUCUGAUUUUACUUUUAUAAAAUAAUUUUCCCCAUCUUGUUUUGCUGAAUGUGCUGUCCCAAAAAUUGAGCUGUUUCUUUUUCUGCUGUCUCUGGAGAAGUGCGCUGGAGAAUAAAAGCCAAGUUCUACCCCA